AUGGUUCGUUACGUGCCUCGUUUGGCUGAUGGUCACAGGGUAAAGCUGGCCUGGCCAUUGGCUCUGUUUCGGCUGAAUCAUAUAUUUUGGCCACUGGAUCCUAGUACAGGAAGGUGGGGGUAUCUGGACCGUGUUCUGGCUGUGGUGGGUUGUUUGCUCUUUUUGCAGCAUAACGAUGCCGAGCUGAGGUAUCUCCGCCUGGAGGCGUCCAACCUCAAUAUGGAUGCGUUUCUCACGGGAAUGCCCACUUACCUGAUACUGGUGGAGGCUCAGUUCCGCAGUCUCCACAUUCUGCUUCACUUCGAGGAGCUUCAGCAGUUCUUGCAGCGCUUUUACUUCACCAUUUACAUUGAUCCCAGGAAGGAGCCGGAAAUGUUCCGUCGGGUGGAUAGAAAAAUGCUUGUUAAUCGGAUGGUCUCCGCCAUGUAUGGAGCCGUUAUCUCUGGCUACCUCAUCUCUCCAGUUCUAUCCGUCAUCAACAGGCGCAAGGAUUUUCUGUACUCGAUGAUAUUUCCCUUUAAUACAGAGCCGCUGUACAUAUUCAUUCCACUGUUGCUUAGCAAUAUCUGGGUCGGCAUUAUAAUUGAUUCCAUGAUGUUUGGUGAGACGAGUUUGCUCUGCGAACUGAUUGUUCAUCUGAAUGGGCGCUACCUCUUGCUCAAAAGGGACUUGGAGGAGUCCAUUCAGACGAUCCUGGAAGAUCGACAGCGCCCACAUAUGGCUAGGCAGCUGAAGGAGCUGAUUAUCAAGACACUGCGCAAGAAUGUGGCUCUGAAUAAAUUUGGAGAGCAGCUGGAGAGCCAGUAUACGGUGAGAGUAUUCAUCAUGUUUGCCUUCGCAGCGGGCCUGCUGUGUGCCCUGUCCUUCAAAGCCUAUACGAACCCCAUGGCCAACUACAUUUAUGCCAUUUGGUUUGGGGCCAAGACAGUGGAACUGCUAUCAUUGGGCCAACUUGGGACAACUUUGGCUUACACGACGGACUCCCUCAGCUCAAUGUACUAUCUUACCCACUGGGAGCAGGUGCUCGAACACUCCACCAAUCCCCAGGAGAACCUGCGCCUGCUGAAGCUCAUCAAUCUGGCCAUUGAGAUGAACAGCAAGCCCUUCUACGUGACGGGUCUGAGAUACUUUCGUGUUAGUCUCCAAGCGGGCAUAAAGAUAUUGCAGGCGUCCUUUUCGUACUUCACGUUUCUCACCUCGAUGCAGCGUCGACAAAUGAGCAAUUAA